AUCCACACAAUGCGCAAAGACAGAUUGGUUGCCUUGCUGCUCUUAUGACGCAUUUUCCUCAUUUCUCUUCCUUCAUCGCCAAAUCAUACCAAACCCACCCAUUACGCCCGCACGGAAUAUAAGACCCGCGUGUCGACGACGCUGAGAGCGACAGCAUCCCCCCCUCCCAUGUCCUCCUCAAUCUAACCGCCCCCUCCUCCUCCUCCCUGAACAUCCGAAUAUUUUAGCCUCUUCCCUUCUCUACGCAGCCUUGGUACUGGCUACACCAUCGCCAUCCUUGCCAACAUCAUCACCAUCAUUCGCCCCUCACCUCUCUCUCAUCGACGUUGUGUCGCUAUCGCGAUAUCGGUCAUCGCAAGCUCUACUACCUCUGGACAACAUGUUUGUCCUCAAAAAUGUUGGCAAGCUCAUCUUUGGCAGCAGCAGCCAAGAGUCCAUGAUCGAGUUGCCCCAAGGUCAACUCUACCUAGUCCGACCCCUCUCACCGAAAGGCUACUCCGAGCUCAUCUUCAAGGACGCCACCGCCCGCAUCCGCCGUACUGGUCAAGAGUUCCAGUACCAGCUUGUCGUGCAGCGAGUUUACGAAGAAGGCGAGGCUGAGCUGCUUGACGACGAGGAAGGCGAAGACGAAGAGCUCAACUCUCUCGCUGCCGAGAAGGACGAGAAGACUUUCCUGCUUGACGAGGCCCUCCACUUCCGUGUAGAAAACCGAGAAGAUUCGCAGAAGGUGCUUGCCUGGAAGGACUUGAGUGGAGACGCCGGCGACGUCUACGAGUUUGUCUGCGACCCUUCUACCAAAUCCGCCCAGGUGGAGACCUUCGAGCACAUCGCCAGACAGUGCCAGUACGAGCGCAAGUACCGAAAGCCCCACAGCACCGCGUCCGAAGCCGAUCUACAGCAGUUUGACUUUGAGGCACAGCCCAUCCCCCAAGCCAGUCCCAUCCACAGCCCGACCCUCGCCCGGUCUAUCGACUCCUCUGACGCCAUGUUCCAACUGAAGAACGAGACCAACACUAGCGCCAAACGAGACCGUGCGCCGCCGGCCGCCGCCUCGCGACUCGCAGAAUCAGAAUCGGAGUCUGAACCAUACCCCAAGCAAGCGGUCGAAGAACCCAAGCCCCCUAAAGCGAUGGGGCCUCCGAAGCCUCCGGCCCAACCCGAGCCGCUGGAGAUCUUUUCCAUGGAAAUCGCCGAACUUCAUUUCUUCGACUUUCCUUCGGGUGCCUUCGUCCUCCAGGACGCCUCAGUUACGGCCCAGGUCUCAGACGUCGGGAAGUGGAAUUAUUGGAUGCACAUUGCUAGUAAAGAUCGUGAAUGGCUUGGCGUCCCCGUCACUGCCGAUAUCAACCCCGUAUUCAACUUUGAGUUCCUCUCGUUUAUUUUCAACCAGUUUACCGAGGAUGGCUCUGCCUACUCUUGGCUACUGAGGUUCAAGGACGGCAAGACGCUGGAGGCAUUCCAGGACGGCUUGAUGAGGGCUCUCUGGGAGCAGCUGAACGAAGUCAAAUGGGCCAAGGUCAAAGAACAGGAUCGCCAGUACGUCCUGGAUGCUUUCGAGGAUCUGAAGAUGGACGACGCCCCUAUCGAGGAAGAAGAGGAGUUGGAAGCUGGAGAACCCGAGGAGCCGGAGGAUGAUGCGCCCCGAAGUGAGCACUACGACAGCGAAGAGGAGCAGGACGACGUCGAGACCCAACCUAAAGAUAACUACACAAACUCCGCGCUCGCCGUCGGGUACAGGCAGGAUCGGUCGUACGUGGUGCGCGGUCCCAAGAUCGGCGUGUUCAAGAGCAAUCGCGACAACCAUCUGGAGUUCACCACCAACAUAUCCAAGGUCGACACUCCGGCAGGCAAAUCUUUCGUCCCCAAGAAAAUCAUGCUGCACAACGAAGAUCGGAACCUGAUCCUACAGAACGAGACGGAUCCCAACAAACUGUAUCGCAUGGACCUCGAAUACGGGAAGGUUGUCGACGAAUGGAACGUCCACGACGACAUUCCUGUCGUCACCUUCGCCCCCGAGAACAAAUUUGCCCAGAUGACGCACGAGCCGACCUUCCUAGGUAUCUCCCGCAACGCGCUAUUCCGCGUCGACCCCCGCCUGGCCGGCAACAAGCUGGUCGAAUCUCAGCUCAAGCAGUAUGUCUCCAAGAACGACUUCUCGGCGGUCUCUACCACGGAAAAGGGGUACGUGGCUGUUGCUUCGAACAAGGGCGAUAUUCGGCUAUUCGACCGUUUGGGUAUCAAUGCGAAGACUGUGAUUCCCGCCCUCGGCGAGCCCAUAAUCGGUCUAGACGUGUCAGCGGACGGUCGCUGGGUCCUCGCCACUUGCCGCACAUACCUGCUCCUAGUCGACGCGUUGCAAAAGUCGGGCAAGAACGAGGGAAAGCUGGGCUUCGAGAAGCCUUUCGCUGCGGAUUCGAAACCCCAACCCCAUCGUCUCGCGCUGACUCCCGAACACGUGGCCCAAUUCCACCACGAGACAGGGAAAGGCGUCUCGUUCACGCCCGCGCGAUUCAACGCGAGCAAGGAGAACGGGGAGACGUCCAUCAUCACGGCGACCGGGCCGUACAUCGUGAAUUGGAACCUGGAGAAGGUGAUCCGCGGCCUCAAGGCGCCGUACAUCAUCAAGCGCUACGAGGACGUGGUCAGGGCCGACGACUUCAAGUUCGGCACCGACCAGAACGUCAUCGUCACGCUGCCCAACUGGGUCAACAUGGUGCCGAAGCGGCAGCUCAAGCGGCCCACGCGGGAGAGCAUCGCCGGCGACUUCCAGCGCGCGGGCGCCGCCCGACGAAGCUCCGGGCGGGUCGGCACGCGAGAGAGCGGCCGGUACAAGCUCGGCAAGGACGAGGUGGUCAACUCGCCAUACUAGGAAGGCGAUAGUAAUUCUUGGAGCGCGCGUCUCUAACCCGGUAUCGGCCGAGGCGCGAGAACCGGGAUGGGUCCGAGGGAGAGGAGUCUAUUCGUGUGUGUGUGACUUUGCGGAUGAGUAAUGGAUGGUAUGUUACGAAAAGAGAGAGAGAGACAGAGGAUGCGUGUAUGUAUGACAGAAGACCAAUAAUAGCGCGCGCGCGCUAGUUUCUACGAUAGGUACCGCCCGGUCCGGCCCCCCUUGCCGUACGGAGUUUCGGACGGAGAAGGGCAGGCCUGGUCUGGCCGGGUGUUUGAUGCGCAGGAAAGGCGGGGGGGGGUUAGGCUGUGUUUUUUUUUUUUCCCUUCUUGCGAUGCUUCACCAACUAAUCCAUGUUUGGCUCUGGGUGAGAUACCCGCCGUGUACGCCAGCACGGAAUCGACGAAGCCCACGACGACGAGUCGGCGUAGGUAGUUUCGGUAGUUAGCUAGCUGCCUAGGUAGUAAUAAAGACAACCUCCCUGUGUUGUGUAUCGGGG